AUGAAUAAAAAAGAUUUUGCCUUUGAAAAUAUAGCAGUAGCUACAGAUGGAUCCGAUUUUUCGUUUAAUGCAUUUUUAUAAGCUUUGGAAUUUUUUAAUAAAAAUUUAUUCAGAGUAAUACAUGUAAUUCACAUAUAUGAUUUGAAAAAAACUUUUUUGCCUGAAUAAUUUAAUCAUAAUCAUAUAGAAUAAUAAUAUAAAAGUGAACUUUUAUCAAGAUACUCAUCUACUAAAUAUAAUUUAAUUUUUUAAGAAAAAAGUCUCUAAUAUAAAGAUGUCAGAGAUUAAAUUCUUUCUAUAUGUUAGGCUUAUAAAAUAGAUUAUCUUUUUAUAGGCUAUACAGGAAGAAAAGGUGUGAAAUAAAAUCCUUAAAUUAUGUCUUCUACAGUUAGAGAUUGUUCUCAAUUAACAAUAACACCUUUAGUCAUAACGCAUGAAGUUUAUACAAAAAAUAAUGGAAAUACAUUUUUAGCAUGUGUUGAUGGGAGUUUAAAAUCAAUUAGAUGUAUAUAAGAAGCUGUUAAAUUAGCAAAUGGGUAAAAUGAUUUUGCUAUUAUAUGUUUUGUACCUAAUCCACUUAAAUAAGAUUAAAAAAAUGAAAUUGAAAAUUAAGUUGUUUAAGAAUUAUAAUAAUAAAAAAAAAAUAAUUGGGAAUUCAUUAAUUUGAAACCCAAUUAAGAUCCAGGAGAAGCUAUUGUUGAUUUUGUAAAUCUUACUUGUUAAAGAGAUAUUUAAUUUGUUUUAAUUGGAAAUAAUGGGUUCGGAGCUUAAAAUGAAGGUAAGUAAUUUUUAGGAAAAAGUGCAGAAGCUGUUUUAUGUAGAGCGAAGGCUAAUAUUAUUGUUAUUUCUUGA